AGCCAAAGUAAUCAGCGAGAGGAGACGUCCUUUGUGGAGGAUUUGGGACAGAUCUGAAGCGCGAAUCCUGACACAUGGCAACUGCAGGGAAGGUGAUUAAAUGCAGGGCGGCCAUCAUCUGGGAAAUAGGUGAAACACUUUCUGUUGAGGAGGUGGAGGUAGCACCCCCAAGAGCUCAUGAAAUUCGAGUCAAGAUUGUGGCCACUGGGAUCUGUCGGACAGAUGACCACGUAUUGCAAGGUUUUUUCCCUAACAUAAAGUACCCGGUGAUUGCGGGCCAUGAAGGAGCUGGCAUUGUUGAAAGUGUUGGACCAGAAGUCACUUGUGUAAAGCCAGGUGACAAAGUCAUUCCUCUUUGUGUUCCCCAGUGUGGAGAGUGCGGCUGCUGUUUGAGUCCCAAAGCUAAUUGCUGCCUCAAGUCCCAUCUCUAUGAACCUUGUCAAAACCUGAUGCCAGACAAGACGAGCAGGUUCACCUGCAAAGGGAAAGUGAUUUAUCACUUCCUGUGGACGAGCACCUUCUCCGAAUACACUGUUGUUCCUGAUGCUGCCAUUGUAAGAAUUGACGACAAUGCGCCUCUGGAAAAAGUCUGCCUCUUUGGUUGUGGGUUUUCUACUGGCUAUGGCGCUGCCAUCAAUACUGCCAAGGUGGAGCCUGGUUCUACUUGUGCUGUCUUUGGUUUGGGAGGUGUUGGUCUGUCUGUUAUUAUGGGCUGCGAAGCAGCUGGAGCAUCCAGGAUUAUUGGGAUUGACAUCAACAAAGCUAAGUUUCCCAAGGCCAAAGAGUUAGGAGCCACUGAGUGCAUCUCUCCUCAAGAUUUCAAGAAGCCCAUUAAUGAGGUGCUCGUGGAGAUGACUGGUCUUGGUGUAGACUAUGCUUUUGAAGUAAUUGGACGCAUUGAUACUGAGGUAGCUGCCCUUGCAUCCUGCCACGUGGGUCAUGGCACCUGUGUGCUGGUAGGAGCACCUCCGCCAGGAUCACAGCUCUCCUUGGAUCCCACACAGAUCCUCUCAGGGAAGAAACUGUUGGGGUGUUUGCUUGGAGGUUGGAAGUUAAAAGAUGCUCUUCCUAAACUGAUUUCUGAUUACAUGAAAAAGAAAUGUAAUACUGAUGCACUAAUAACUCACACGUUGCCUUUUGAGAAAAUCAGUGAAGGGUUUGAGCUGCUACAUGCAGGGAAAUGUAUUCGCUGCGUCCUGCUGUUUUAAACUUCCGAAUGCAACCAACUAGUGGAGCAUCAGCUUAAUGGAGUUUCCUGCCUUGAAUCGUUUUUGGAGAGGCAGGCUACACAUCUGUUCAAUAAAUACAUAAAAUAUCCUGCAGGUUCUUUGCAUACCUGACCAUGUUCAACAACGGUGAUUACAGAAUGCUGAUGACACCCAAAUCUGUUUCUCCAUGUCAACUUCAUCAGGAGAUGGCCUAACUCGUUUUAAAGCUUCGGUUUUAGAGUUUUUUAAAUUGUAUUUUAAAUUGUUUCAAUUAUGUUAAUGUUUUAAUGAUUUUAUAUUGUGAACUGCCCAGGCAUUUUUUUUGUAUGGGGCAGUAUAUAAAUGUUCUAAAUAAAUAAAUAAUAAAUAAAUAUUGAGCUGGA